AUGGACUUUGUCGCCGUCAAGUGCGCCAAAUGCGAUGCGAAGCUGGGCUCGCUGCCCAAUACGUGGGUGCAGAUUGGCAAAAAGUAUCUCACGCCUGCGACGAGUCCAGGCGCAGACGACCCGCUGCUUGCGGUCAACAUCACCACUUCGGGCACCCCGCGUUUAGGCGAUGCAGAUACCCUCGUGGGCGGCUGCCAACUUCAAGAAGCGGAAUGCGCCAAGUGCCGCACCAACAUUGGGCAGAAGUGCCUCCGUACGCCGGUGAACCACGUCCUGCAUGAUGGCCAGUUUAUCCUUAGAAUCGCUUCUAUUGUUCUCAAAUCAGCAACGGAUUUGCGCCGCAGAGCCGAGCCCAAGAUACAGCGAACGCUCAAGCUCAAGAAUGGCCCUCCCGCGAACGACCACCCUAGCACCCCGAUGCAGGAGACGCCGUCCUUCAAAACCUUCAAUGCCGGUGCAGGCGUGCCCCAUGGCCUGGACCUGAUGCAGCUCCAGGCCACGCUCGACGCUCAGCGGCAAGACAUCAACCGGAUCGGCGCCACGGGCAUGCAGGUCGUCACCAACUUUGAGACGGCAAUCGCCAAGGUGGAUCGCCAGAUGCAGCAGCUGAGCGAAUCAAUCGACAGCGUUCGCAGAGACGGCAAUGGCCAUCGCGACGACAUCAGCGGCUUCAAGUCAGACCUCUCCGACCUCAAGUGGGACUGCCAAAACAGCGGCUCGGUCCUCUCAAGGCUUGAUCAGCAGCUUCAAACUACGGAUAGGGUCGUAACGGAGCUUCGACAAGCACUCUCCAAAUGCAAGUCUGACACGCAGGACGUGCGGGACCAACUUGCAUCAACGCAGCAGGAGCUCCAAGACGUUGGGAGCCUGCAAGACCAGCUUGCCUCGGUGCAACAGGAUCUUCAGGGGGUUGAGAGUCUGCGCGAGCAACUGGUAUCUACACAGCAAGACCUCCAAGAGUCGAGGGAGGAGGUGGACCAGCUCCGAAACGAUGCACAAGACGCCAAGCACGAGCUACGCGAGUCAAAGGACGAGGUCAACCGGCUCAGGAGUGAGGUUGAUGAGACGAAGCAGGCUGCCCUAGAAGGUAUCGCAACAUCCAAAGAAUAUGCUUCAGAAGUCUCCUCGCUGAGGCGAGAGAUUAAGCAACUCCGCGCCGACUUGGCGCGGGACCGAGCCCACCCUCCUCCACCCUCCCAGUCCGAGACGUCCUCCUUCUCCUCACACGAGCUCGACAUCCUCACUAGCAGCAUAUCCAAGAUUGGAAACCGCGCCAGCCAGAUCGAAUCGCUGCAGAUGGAGUUUGAUCUCUUCAGGACCCGGAUACAGCGCCUCGAAGCCCGGUCCACCAUGUCCUCGGCCACCCCAAAUCGAGGGAACACCACGGUGGGCACCGAUGCAAGUCCUGGCCGCGACGACGAGAACCUGCAGUCUUUUUACGCAGAUAAUCCGCGCAAGAAACGCGCGCCGGCGGGCAGGAUUGACACGCAGGACUUUGAUACAACGCCGCCGAAGCGCAUGGCGCUGUCGUCUUCCGAAUUUGGCAGCGGCGUCUCUGCCGCGCACGCUCGUUCCAGCGACCUGUACCGCUCGUCGCCGGCCGCUCGUGGUCUCGCCGAGCCAGCCGGGCCCAGGCGUACGCGGGCUGCGGCCAGCCUCAACGGCACGACAAAGAGAGGGCGCUGGACGGCGAGGGGCUGA